UUUAUUUAAUUUCUGCUCCCUCUAGAGGACCUGGAGCCUCAACUACAGGGUCUCCUCUCACAGAAACCCAAACUAUGGUGAAUUAGGCAGCUGCAAAUCAGCUUAUAAGGUAAAUGUUUCCAAACCAAUCACCAGAACAUUUUACACCAAUAAAUAUUUGCAGAAGGUGAGCAGAUGAAGGAUGUAAUUACAGUCAUGAACAAAGGUUUGCAUACACUUGUACAGACCAUGCAUACCAGAGCAGUCUCCUAAUUUUCUAGGAGGGAAUCACUGAAACACGUGCAUCUUCAUCACAAAAACAAAACAAACAAACAAACAAAAACAGUGGUACAUUUAAUUUCUUUUAUAGAUUUAUUAAAGGUCUUCUGAAAAAAUGAGUGAAAUUUUGAAGCAGUAGUUCCACUAGUUACAAAACAUCUCCAGAGCAUAAUACUACCACCACCAUGCUUGACAGUAAGCUUGGUGUUGUUGAGAUUAAAAGCUUCACCUUUUAUCCUCCAAACAUCUUUGUGGUCAUUGUGGCCAAGUUACUCAGUUUUUGUUUCAGCUGACCAUAGAGGUCUUCAAGAGACCUUCACUUGAGCUUUAUGGUGUCGUAUCUGCAGAUCUACUUUUUGGUGAUUCUUGGUUGACUCUUGACCUUCCUGACCACUUGUAGUAGAUUAUAGCUUGUAUUCUUUCCUGAUGGUGGCAGUGACAUAACUGUGCCAUCCUUAAAGCAGCUGCUUUGAAAUGGCUCCACGUGACAUGUUCAAGACAUGAUUUGCUUUUUCAGAUCUUUUCUGAACUCCUCAGACUUUUCCAUACUAGUGUUUGUGGAUGAGUCUAUUAAGUGCAUCUAAUGGGCCUGAUUUAAAUGUCCUCAGAGAAGUCAGCAGCUGUAGUUAUUCAUAAUCACUCGUGGGAGAUUAAGAGGUAAUGCCAUCAAGAAAACUUGAUUAAUGCAAUUUUUUGGAAUCACCAGAACCGAUCAUUUAAGUUUCUGUGUAUAUUUUUGUUGCAGCAGAUUUUGUCAUAUUUCCAGAAGAUGCAUUGUCUAUCGCAGAAAAUUCAGGGUUAUAGGGGUCAUUGGAAACUCAAGAUCGCCAUGAUAUACAUGGUCUUCACAAGUGUAUGUAAACUUUUGUUCCUGAGUGUACCUUUGAAACUAAGUUUUACAAUAUGUGCUGUAAAUGUGUCCAGAGACCAUACCCUAGUCACUGUAAAAAAAAAUUUAGAAAAUUGCAGUUAAAUACGGGGAGCUGUGGUCACAUUCUAUUGUAUUUUUACAGUGUGACUAUGGUAUUUCAUGUAAACAUUUUAUUAUUAUAAUUAAGUACAGUAGAAUAUGAGGUUUACUGUUUAGUACAAUAACUAGACUUUCCAGUAAUAUAAUCUAUGUGCCACUAUAACCAGAAUUACUUUUAAAUGUAGUUACCUGAGAAAUGUAACAUUUUCUUCUUUGAAAUCUGUGAACACCGUAUACUGCAGACAUACACCAUAAAUAACAAUUCCAGCAAACAAACAUUCAAGGAACAUUCCCUAAAGGAUCCAAGAAUGCUUGUGCUAGGAUGUGGCUUUAAUAGUUAUGAUUCAGAACUGAGAUCUACCAACUCUGUUUAACAUUUCAAAACAUUUAAAAGUGCAUAAAGAAGUGAUGUAUGACAAAUUGUGAUGCAUGAAAUAUAAUUUAGAAACCAGUGAUCCAUUGAAAUCCAGCAGCAUCACUAUAACAUAAAGGAAUGAAUGUUCGAUACUUUGACGUAUUGACAGAACAAGUAAAUCUUGAUCUUGACAACUUCAUACAACUACAGAAAAAAAACUCAUGUAUUGCAGGCCAGGUUACAUUUGAUAACCCUUCAAAACUUUGCAUAGAGUUUCAUGACCAAUGGGAUUGCUUUGAUAAACUUCCAUGAGGUUAUUGGUGGCUCAUAGACCAAUAGGACAACGUGAACACAUUUAAAAAGGCAUCGCUGUUACUGUAGUUCAGUCAUUGGAGGAUCAGUGACAGAGAUGGCUCGUCUCACCUUUCUUCUCCUUCUCCUGUGGGUUGGUGUCACAGUGAGCACAGUGGUGGACCUGCAGAAGAGGAUUUACGGUGGGGAUAAAUGUAAAGAUGAGGAGCGUCGGUACCAUGUCAGUCUGUAUAAGAAUCCUGCUGACCAAAUGAGUGUUUGUGGUGGCUCUCUGAUAAAACCACAGUGGAUUCUGACUGCAGCUCACUGCCAGAAACCUACAAUGCAUGCAGUUGUAGGUGUGCAUCCAGGUCCAGGAAAGACAGUGAAAAUCCAAGAAGAACCUGUGGUCUAUCCGGACCAUGACAUCAUGCUCCUGAAGUUACCGAGCGACAUUAUUGACCCUAAGAACAAACUUAUAGCUCUGCCCGAAGACAAGGAAUGCAGAAGUCCGCCGGAAAUAGGUGAAGUAGUUCAAGUCGCAGGCCAUGGUGAUUAUGAAAUAGAUGAGAAGACCAGAAAAACAAAACCUGGUCAACCAACACAUCUCAAGUGUGCAACAAUGAAGGUUUCCAAGUGUGACAAUAAAAAAACUCGAGCUUAUCGUAAAAGUGUGCCAGAUGAAAAUUGGUUGUGUGCUGAAAAAAAAGAUACGGACACAUGUCAGGGUGACUCUGGUGGUGGAGUGGAAUAUAAUGGCAAGCUUCAUGGUGUGAUCAGUGCUAAUAGUGACAAUGUCUGCAUGCUACCGGCUCUUUUCUUGAAUGUUUGUAAAUACAAACAAUGGAUCGAAGAAAAGACCAAAUAUUCAGUCAUUGGAGGAUCAGUGACAGAGAUGGCUCGUCUCACCUUUCUUCUCCUUCUCCUGUGGGUUGGUGUCACAGUGAGCACAGUGGUGGACCUGCAGAAGAGGAUUUAUGGUGGGAAAGACUGUGACCCUGAUGAGCGUCUGUACCAUGUCAGACUGUACAGGAAUCCUUCUUCCGCUAUCAGUGUUUGUGGUGGCUCUCUGAUAAAACCACAGUGGAUUCUGACUGCAGCUCACUGCCAGAAACCUACAAUGCAUGCAGUUGUAGGUGUGCAUCCAGGUCCAGGAAAGACAGUGAAAAUCCGAGGAAAACCUGUGGUCUAUCGGAACCAUGACAUCAUGCUCCUGAAGUUACCGAGCCCCGUUACUAACAUUAAUCCUAUACCUCUACCUGACAACAAUGAAUGCAACACCAAGCCUGGAAUAGGUGAACCAGUUCAGGUUGCAGGCCAUGGUCGAUAUCAAAUCGAUAACAAAGGCGAACCAAAACCUGGUCAACCAACACAUCUCAAGUGUGCAACAAUGAAGGUUUCCAAGUGUGACACAGAAGCUAUUAAAAUCAGCAAACCAAACGAGCCAAUUGGCAACUGGAUUUGUUACCAAAGAAACAAUGUGGGCACAUGUGUGGGCGACUCUGGUGGUGGAGUGGAAUAUCAGGGCAAGCUUCGUGCUGUACAUGUUAGUGGCCGAACAGAUGGCUGCACUAGACAAGGCAUUUCCUUGGAUGUUUGUAAAUACAAAGAAUGGAUCAAGAAAACCAUCAAAGGAAAAUAAUGAAACAUAAAUGUUGAAUAAACAAUCUGAGAUUUCAGAUCUAGAGUUGA